GCGAGGGCUGGAACUCACUGUCCGGAAGUGGGUUGUAACUAAAGGAGAACGCUAAAGCGAGAUGGAGAUUGAGAGGGCCGGACUGAAUGCAAUAGAGGCGUGCUAGGAACAAUAACAGAACUGACAUGUGAUAUCCCUAAAUCCCAGAUCUCCACUCUUUAAUAUUGGGCCCUUGGCCGAAUACACAUCGCUGGGGCCUACAAAAUCCUUCAGCCUGACAUUCGCUAUUUUCCAGGGAGUAGAAUGGAGGGUACCGUGACGCAAGGCUUCAUCCCCGGGGUUUCGGAGAUCUGGUUCGCCGCACUGCUGAUGCUAUUCGCAGCUUCUCUCAUCACUGUGCUGGCCUGGCUACUGCAGGUUACUCGGGGAUCCCCUACGCCUGCUUUUCCCGGGGCCCGGGGCCUUCUCACGGCUCUUUUUGGUUUCCCCUCUGUUAGAGAGAGCUGGAGCAGAGCUUGGGCCAAAGCCCUUAAUAGCGAGGCGGCCAGAAAUCAGAGUUCACUCCAGGUGCUGUUUGAGGAGAGCACACAUCUACAGCCCAAUUCACACAUCAGCCAUGUCUCCUGCACGGAACAUUCAGACAGUAGUAUGGCAUUCCUCUGUACCCUUUCUGCUGAUCCAAUCAGAUUCCCGGUCUCUGUUACCCAGGAGUCCCCUGCAGCUGUUUCUAUGAAUACAUAUCAAGUCUUUCUAACUUUACAUCAAGCGCAGAUAGAGGUCCGACUAGAGGAGUUACCGCAAGAGGGUCUUCUUGUGUCCUGGGGGUUUAAAGAGCACCCUGAUAUCACAUUGCAGGUUACUCCCAGACAAUCACUACAGAGUAGUGAGGGUGGUGCAGAACUGUGUACGUUACAGGACUUGAUACAAGAUGCUCUGCUAAGUGCACAGCCUGCCAUGGUUUUCAACCUAAAGGCCCAUGAUGGUGAUAUGGGUCUCUGUGACCGACUUCUCCGAGGUUCUCCAUGUAGCGCAGAAAGUCCAAAACUUCUCAUUCGCCAGAUAUGUUUACAGAAUAUCACUGUAGCUGAUGACAAAGAAGCGGAGCUGAGAUGUGAAGCUGAAUUGAAUGCUCCUUGGCAAAGAAGAGAGAUCCGGAGUGUCAGACAAAACGAGGGAGAUGCUUGUAACCUCUCUUGGAAUGAUGAGAUGACAUUUGACCUCAGCACCCAGAGUAAGGAGCUAUAUCUCAGAGUCUGGCAAAUAAAGGAAGGCGAACGCAAUGUUCUGCUUGGACAAACAUCUGUGGCUCUGAAAUCACCCUAUAGAGAUCUGAGUGGAAGGCACCUGUACCCUCUGACCUCAAGUGCUGGACAGUCUAUAACAGGCACUCCAUCCAUCUCUGUAGAGUUUCUGGUCCCCGAACUUUCCUUGCCUAGGGCAACACUGGCAGCAACAGCUUCUAGAACUAACAUCACACCCACCAAGAAAGUGGAGAUGGAUCGCACUGUGAUGCCUGAUGGCACCAUAGUUACCACAGUAACCACCAUUCAAUCACGACUGCGGUUAGACGGCAAAAUCGAUUCUCCUUCUAGGUCCCCAUCAAAGGUAGAAGUGACCGAGAACAAACCUAUUUUCAUGCCCCGGAGUUGCUCUCCUGGCUCCUCCCCUAGUGGCAGUGGGGGUUCCCCUGUUUCCCUUAGACUGGACCCAGUAGCUGAGACAGCCAUUAGGCAGCUAACAGAACCAGGCAACAAACCAGCAAAAAAGACUCCCACUAAACGCAGCACUCUGAUCAUCUCUGGCGUUUCCAAGGUUCCCAUUGGCCAAGAUGAGAUGGCACUCUGUCUUGGAUAUGCAGCCUCCAUGGAUGCCUCAUUACAAGGUCUAACUCUUGGAGAAGACUUUCCACUACCAGAUCCUACUUUGGACCCUAUAGAUAAUGGGGUGACUCCUCCCCAAGGGCCAGACACUGAUGAUACAACAAAAUCUGACAUCUCAGAUAAACCUUCUGUGGAUGACUUGGAGUCUGAAACUGGCUCCACUGGGACUCUAGAGACGCGGAGCUUAAAGGAACAUAAAGUGGGAUUCCUUCGUAGUGGUACUAAACUCCUCUUUCGCCGGCGUCAUCGGGAGCCAGGCUUAAGCCAAUCACAUGAUAAUCUGACAGACUCUGCUUCUGCUUCUCGCAAAAAAAGCGGAAGCUUCUCCAAACGCUUGCUGAAACGUUUCUCUCUAAAGACCAAGACCAAACCUAGCAUCAAUGGCAGCACUCCAGAGAAGUGACAGAGAAUGGCUGACUGAGAAUACCGAUCUACCUCUGACCCUGCAUGCCCUUUGCACAGCUGCUAAUGGUUUUUGGGAGUGAUGGUGGUGUUUCCUGCCAGGCAGUGACAUGGAUUGGUGAACGUUUAAUGAGCCUAAUGAAAGAAUAGGGGCAGUUUUUGGAAAGGAUAUUCUAGAUUUUAAAGUGCAUGUAAUACAAAAUUGCCAUGAAGUGAUUGUGGCUUUUCCAGUGAAUUCAUUUACUGGUCUGAGAGACUCGCUAGAGGAACACUAUACUCAUCCCUAGGCCUCUAAUACUUGGAUUUGAUUUUUUAAAGUCACGGAUUUUAUAUUCUGCCAUCUCUGUGACCGGUCUGGCUGCAGGUCUAUAUUCUAUCUCCUGCAAUGAAAUGAAAGGUUUCCUUAUUUAAAGUAUAGAAAUAUACAUCCACAGAGGACAUAUAGAUAUUGCAGCAUGUGUAGUUCUUUCCCUAAAGUAGGCGAGCAAUACCAGGCCCAAUUGUUUUCCUGACAAGGUUUUUUUACUGGGUUUAAAAAAAAAUCUAUCGUUUGUGGUAUAAUGCAGCUGUGGAAUGGAAUUGUAUUUUAUGUUGUAGGCUUGUAUGCAUCUUUAUGUAUUUAAUAACUAUGAAGUAAUUCAAAUAACAUGUUUCUUGGAGAGGUACGUAGUUUCUCUGCUGGUAGAGGUUACAUAAGUGCAAUGUAAUAAAUGUGUGACCAAUGCCUGCAGCACUAAUAGUCAUGUGAUGCCGCGGUGCAGCCUGUGGCUUGACACAGUGUAAGACUCGUGUGAUCCUUACUAUUCCUUUCAAGUCUGUAUAUUUGUAAAUUACCCCCUAUUUAUAUACCUGAAGCUUUGCCAUAUGACCCUUGUUUACAGACAACACAAAAGUGAAUGAAAACCAUUAUAUUAAAGGGAAAGUUCACCUUAAUAUGUAUUUUAUUCUAAGACUGUUCUGCAGCGCUCCAAUGGCACUGCCAUCUGAUUGCUAAUAAGAUGCAACACUGUAUUACAAAGUAAAAAUUUAUUUAUUGCAUUGUCAGGUUGGAGCCACAACCCUAAAAAACAGUAUUCUGAAAUUGAGAGGUGUGAAUAGAAAGACCAAUAAUUUUAUACACACUAAUAUCUGAGUUAUAGAACAGCUGCUUCUAUUACUUUCAUUUUCAAAAUACUAAAAGCUGGCAUUAAGGUGACUUCCUCAUAAUACUGUGCUUAUGGGGAUUGGGAGACUCUCAACAGUUUGCUAUUGUGAGACUAAAAUAAAAGAAAGCAGUAAGACUGAAGUAAUUUAUUGUGCAAGUAAAAUGAUGUAAUGAAAAUGGUUUAAGUUAAUAAAAUACAAACAUGAACUGUC